AUGAACCCCCAAGGGAUGACACACCCGCAUAGUGGGGUAGGUGUCGAGCGUGCUGAGGAUGAGUUCGCGGAGCUCAGCAAGCAGCUCUCGAGCAUCUUUCAUAAAAACGGACGGUACUCCCACCUGGGAAAAAAGGAUGCGGGCCAGAAUGAUGUUGAAGUCUCUUCGGCAACAGAGGGGCAGUGGGACUUUGAAACUGCGCUUCGGGGUAACCAGGCCGCAAAAGUCAAGGCAGGAAUAAGACCCAAGUGCAUUGACUCCUUCAAUGUCCCGGGAACCCUCAUGAGCAUGUUAGGGAUUGGGAAGAAGGGCAAAGAGUUUGAGAUUCUAAAGAGUUUCAAUGGGGUGGUCAAACCGGGCGAGAUGGUGUUGGUUCUUGGCAAGCCGUCCUCGGGCUGCACGACGUUCCUCAAAGUCAUCGCCAACCAGCGGUUUGGCUACACCGGUAUUGAUGGGGAGGCAUUCUAUGGACCUUUCGAUGCCGAAACCUUCGCCAAACGAUUUCGUGGCGAGGAUGCGUAUAAUCAAGAAGAUGACAUCCAAUCAUCCUACUCUUACGGUUCGCCAGACCCUUGGUUUUGCAUUGGACACGAAAACGUCGGGCAAGCGACCUGCUCGCAUGUCAAAGGCGAAGUUCAAGGAGAAGAUUAUUCAUCUCCUAUUGAAGAUUUCGUACGAGGUGUUUCUGGCGGAGAACGGAAACGCGAUAACACCACCCGUGGCUUGGAUCCAUCCACAGCUCUAGAUUAUGCAAAAUCUCUUCGAGUAAUGACAGACAUUUACGAGACUACGACGUUCGUAUCAUUAUAUCAAGCCUCCAAGAAUAUUUAUAGCCAAUUUAACAAGGUCAUGGUUAUCGAUCAAGGGAAUCAAGUUUUCUUUGGGCGCACGCCAGAAGCUCGUGGUUAUUUCGAAGACCUAAGUUUCAAGGAGAAGCCUCGUCAGACUACCCCAGACUACUGA